GGCCCGGCCGGCUCCCUCCCUCCUCCCUCCUUGCAGCCCUUCGCCUGCCCUCCUGCCGGCCGCACCGGGCUCCAGGGGGCCAGAGGCUCUGUGGGGUGGGGGGAGGACAGGAGGGGAGGAGGAGGGAGGGGGGACCCCCGAGUCGCCCCCUCUCCUCCCCCCGCCCCCCAGCUCCAUCCUCCGUCGCCGCCCGAGCAGCUGCGGGGCAGCCGCCGCCGCCGCCUUUGCAGGCUGAGUCAUCACUAGAGAGUGGGAAGGGCAGCAGCAGCAGCAAAGAAUCCAAACCCUAAAGCUGAUAUCACAAAGUGUCAUUUCUCCAAGUUGGGGGCUCAGAGGGGAGCCAUCAUGAGCGAUGUUACCAUUGUGAAAGAAGGUUGGGUUCAGAAGAGGGGAGAAUAUAUAAAAAACUGGAGGCCAAGAUACUUCCUUUUGAAGACAGAUGGCUCAUUCAUAGGAUAUAAAGAGAAACCUCAAGAUGUGGAUUUACCUUAUCCCCUCAACAACUUUUCAGUGGCAAAAUGCCAGUUAAUGAAAACAGAACGACCAAAGCCAAACACAUUUAUAAUCAGAUGUCUCCAAUGGACCACUGUUAUAGAGAGAACAUUUCAUGUAGAUACUCCAGAGGAAAGGGAAGAGUGGACAGAAGCUAUCCAGGCUGUAGCAGACAGACUGCAGAGACAAGAAGAGGAGAGAAUGAAUUGUAGUCCAACCUCACAGAUUGACAAUGUAGGGGAGGAAGAGAUGGAUGCGUCCACAACCCAGCAUAAAAGAAAGACAAUGAAUGAUUUUGACUAUUUGAAACUACUAGGUAAAGGCACUUUUGGAAAAGUUAUUUUGGUUCGAGAGAAGGCAAGCGGAAAAUACUAUGCUAUGAAGAUUCUAAAGAAAGAAGUCAUUAUUGCAAAGGAUGAAGUGGCACACACUCUAACUGAAAGCAGAGUAUUAAAGAACACUAGACAUCCCUUUCUGACAUCCUUGAAGUAUUCCUUCCAGACAAAAGACCGUUUGUGUUUUGUGAUGGAAUAUGUUAAUGGUGGAGAGCUGUUUUUCCAUUUGUCGAGAGAGCGGGUGUUCUCUGAGGACCGCACACGUUUCUAUGGUGCAGAAAUUGUCUCUGCCUUGGACUAUCUACAUUCUGGAAAGAUUGUGUACCGUGAUCUCAAGCUGGAGAAUUUGAUGCUGGACAAAGACGGCCACAUAAAAAUUACGGAUUUUGGACUUUGCAAAGAAGGGAUCACGGAUGCAGCCACCAUGAAGACAUUCUGUGGAACACCAGAGUACCUUGCGCCAGAGGUGUUAGAAGAUAACGACUAUGGCCGAGCAGUGGACUGGUGGGGCCUCGGGGUCGUCAUGUAUGAGAUGAUGUGUGGGAGGUUACCUUUCUACAAUCAGGACCAUGAGAAACUUUUUGAACUAAUACUGAUGGAAGACAUUAAAUUUCCUCGAACACUCUCUUCGGAUGCAAAAUCAUUGCUUUCAGGGCUCUUGAUAAAGGAUCCAAAUAAACGCCUUGGUGGAGGACCAGAUGAUGCAAAAGAAAUUAUGAGACACAGUUUCUUUUCUGGAGUAAACUGGCAAGAUGUGUAUGAUAAAAAGCUUGUACCUCCUUUUAAACCUCAAGUAACAUCUGAGACAGAUACCCGGUAUUUUGAUGAAGAAUUUACAGCUCAGACUAUUACGAUAACACCACCUGAAAAAUAUGAUGAGGAUGGUAUGGACUGCGUGGACAAUGAGAGGCGGCCACACUUCCCUCAGUUUUCCUACUCUGCAAGUGGACGAGAAUAAGUCUCUUUCAUUCUGCUACUUCACUGUCAUCUUAGAUUUGUUACUAAAAACGAUUCCUGGACAUCACCACCAGUCCCAUCUCUCACAGAUAGCAGGGGCACCUUCCGACAUCCCAGACCAGCCAAGGGUCUUCACCCCUCACCACCUUUCACCCCCAUGAAGACACACAUAGACACAAACACACUCCGAUUUUUUGGUUUUGCAUGAAACUGUAUCUCAGUCUAAGGUCUCAUGCUGUUGCUGCUACUGUCUUACUAUUAUAGCAACUUUAACAAGUAAUUUUACAAUCUUUGGAAGUCAUGAGCCCACCAUUGUUCAUUGUGCACCAGUAGUCAUCAUUCGACCUUUUGGUUUCUGUUUUUCCCUAACAGUGAAGGCUAAAUGAGAUACACUGAUUCUAGGUACAUUUUUUAACUUUCUAGAAGAUAAAUCAAAACUAAUUAGACUAAGAAGAUUUAGCUUAUAGUUCAGAAUAAGCAAUUGUGGAAGGGUGGUGAAGUGCAUAUGCAAAGCUUUAGUAAAGCGUAUCAGAUCGAAGCAUAAAGGAGGCGCCUAUCACCCAGAUUUGGCUGGAAUUUAGUAAGAAGCAAGCAUUUGAGAGGGGGACUGAACAACUUUUGAGAUAUCUAUCUGUUUUUAAUUCAUGGUGGCUACUGCAGAGGAAGCCCGAUAUCACCCAUGGACGUCAAGACUUCACGGACAUUCGUGGGCAAAUGAACAUUGUUCAAGCAAGAAAUGAAGGCGUAUGCACAGUCAAAGUCACUUAGAGCGUCUUAUUAUACAAUUUGCGCCAGAGAGCAUUUUUUCCCCUGUGCUUGGAAACCUUUUUCCUUCUUAAUAUUUAUCACCUCUGAUGGCUGAAGAAUGUAGACAGGUAUAAUGAUCCUGCUUUUCACCAAAAUUUGUACACCAAGGUAAACAGGUGUUUGCCUUAUUUGUUUUCUUUCUUUCAGUUUUACGUGAAUUAGCUUUUAAAACUCAGAUGUUAAAACUUUGAAUGUCCUUUAUGAUUUUGUUUAUAUUGCAGUAGUAUUUAUUUUUUAGUGAUGAGAAUUGUAUGUCAUGUUAGCAAAUGCAGCUCCAACUUACAUACAUAGACUUACUGCAGUUUCUUUUGACCCAUGUGCAAGGAAUGUACACGCUGAUGAGAAUCAUGCACUUUUUCUCCUAUGUAAAAAAAAAAAAAAUUUUUUUUUUCGAUGAGGCUCUGAAAUGGUGUAUAUUGGUUAGAAUUUGGCUUUGGGAGAAGAGAUGCUAUCAUUCAACCCCUUGGUGCUAAAAAUGAGAAAAUCCCCAACUGUCUGUGCCAAGGGGUUAAUGAAACAAAUUGACAUUGAUGUUUGCUCAUUUGAGAAUUAAAACGUGACAGCCUGGCAACAUAAUGUAAUGAAGACAGUGGAAACCUGAAUGACGGAGAGAAAUGAACUUUCCUUGGCGGAUGAGCACAUCUGGAGUGUUUAGGGAGUAGGCAGUGAAGGUUAAGAACCUGGUGUGUUUAUUGUGAUCGUGGUACACUUAACCACUGAAUUAAGCCAUCAGGGAUAAAAACAAAAAGAGAACACCUCCAGCUUUUCUUUUUUCUGUAUAUAUUCAUGUCCCCAAAUUCCAACGUUUCUCACUGAAAGGGGACAUGUAUGCAAACCUCAUCUUUUCUCCUUCAUUAAUGAUGAUCUUCAGAUUAAACCCUUUGGUGCUAGGAGCUGACAUUUUCCAAAGCAGUCUAUGAAAUCCAAGGGGCUGGGGGCCGUUCUUGCAGGAAACAGACGGCCUUCCCACUCCAUGGAGUGAUCAUGGAAAUGUAUUUUAGUUAAACUAUCUGACAGCUCCCAAAUGGAAGACUACAGUGAGAGUAGUAGUAUGAUUGCAUUGUAUGAAAGAGCAAGUGACUUUCUAAGGGGGAUGAAUCACAUUCAUACGCAGAUGUCUUAGCCUCUUGACGCUGGAAGUGUGGAUUUAUAGCUAUAAAACCACUGCUGGCGGUGGGUGGGCCACUGGGACUGAUGGGGGUCAAAGGGCAUUUUACUAAGGCAGCUAAGACAUAUUUAGACAUAGAUUUUAUCCUAAUUUUCAUAUUUCUACCUGAGUGAAGUUCAUCCUUAGUACUGAAUAGGAAGUUACAGUUAAAUGGUAGUUCAUUCUGACUUACACACAUAGCUUACCUUUUUUUUUUUUCCCCCCCACUUGGAAUUAUGUUGAAUGUUUCCCAUUGACAAGAAAGUAGACUAGGAGGUUAUGUCUUUAAGUUGUCUUGCAUCCAUUAUAUAAGAGUCAGGUGAGAGGCAGAAGAGCGCUGAGGCCGGCUGAUGUUCAGAGCACUUAUUUCCUUAGAGGGAGAGCGUGAUGCCGGACACUAAGCAUGUAGCUUUUUGUUGUUUCGGUUCCUCUCCCCUCCCACCCCCCACCCUAAAUCAUAAGGUGAUUUCCAUGACCUUGGCCAAGGACACUUCCUAAAGAUUAAUGACCAGCACUGACAGUGCCCCCGGCUCAGUCACUUCUCCCCUCUGGGACACAGUUGGUAACACACAAGGUGUUUCCUUGGCUCCGAUUUUGAGCUUCCCUUACUUUCCCCCCCAGAUCUGUCAGCUGACAGGGAGGACAAUGGAAAGACAGACGCGUGCAGACGGGGAGACUUCUGAAACUUCUUGUGUUGCCCGUAGCUGCAGUUUUGGGUUCUGGCGGGUGGAACAGCCUGAAAGCUGGAAUCGUUCUGUGAGAGUGCGGUUCAGGCCUGCGGACUCCAGCUGGUUCUGUCAGGAAGGUUGAACUCUUGUCGUUUUGCAGCCAUCUUGGAAGAAACUGGCCUUUCCUGCUUGGAAUGUUGGCUGGUCGCCCUCAGCUUUGCUUUCUCCACUAAUUACACAGCAUUAUUCCAGGUUUUCAUUUCCCACACCUGAUUUCCAGCUUCUUCAAGCUGACUGUUCUUGCAGGGGCCACUUGCUUCUCCUAGAGUACAAAGUAAGGGCCUUCCUUACUAACUGCAGGGUCUAUAUAUUACACCUCAGUGUACACACUUUGCUGCUACUGUUUGUACUGUCUACAGUAGAAGUUCCUUAUCUUGCUCCUGGUAGCGCAUUACAGGCAAGCAUGAAAUGUAAAGUAUUUAUUUAAAUAAAAAGAAAACCUCUAAAGGGUAAUUGAAUUACCUCCCUGUAGCUUUAUAGUUUGUGACAUUUCUUGACCUUACUAGUUCUUUCAUUAGAUCCAUGCAAGAUCUAGUCAUCUGUUAAGGACUUUAAGCAGAUGCAAAUAUGAACCCAAGAAACUGUAUUACUAUUACUGUUGGUCAUACUAAAACUGUUUUAUUUCCUUAAGUAAAUGACCCACAAGGAUGUGAAAUAACUACAAGAAACUGUUUUUGUACACUGUACAUCCUUAGUAUUUUUACACUUAUAUGAUAGGGAUGCACAUUAUUUUCCUUCGUACAGACAGCUUAAAUAAAGCGCUAUGUCAAUCUGCU